AUGGACUCUACGAAAAUCAUCAAUAUUAUCAUUGCCAUCUUUCUACCUCCGUUAGCUGUGUUUCUAGCCCGUGGAUGGGGUGUUGAAUGUAUUAUUGACCUUAUUUUGACCAUUUUCUUCUUCUUCCCAGGUAUGCUCUAUGCUCUUUACGUAGUCCUCACAAACUAA